AUGUCCUGGUUAAACGAGGGUGACACUAAGCCGUUUACGGCAAGCUUGGGGGUUCAUCUCAGCUGGGGUGGUUCAGAGUGCUGGGAGGGCAGAGGCGGUGCAAGAACGGGAAAAGGGGGCCGUCACUGUCACCAGCCUCGCUCGCUCGUUUGUUCUUUGGCUCCCCGUGUGUGGCUUCGGCGCGACAGUAGCUCAGAUACGGGUUGGGAUGGGUUCUUUGCUGUGAGGGUCACCCACCAGGCUAGCUCCCACCAGCCUCAUCCAUCGCGAGUUGUGGCUUUUGACGCUAAAAGAAAGGCAGACCGAGCAGCCUUGAGCCUCAAAAUGCUCGGGCGUGGGCAUAAGCGACUAGGGGAGCGAAUACUCGAUAUAUUUCCAACACUACUAUUGGGCAAUGCUGGUCACCCCCAUGCACCAAACAAGCAAGAAAAACAGAGAGAGGCCAUGCAAGUUAGUGUUCCCGGGCUCUGCGUCAUCCAGCUAUCGAAUCUGCACACGACAAGAUACAUACUCUAG